CCACAAAUUACCAACGCGUUCUCAUUUUCAUAGUUGAAAUACGCAACAACAGCAGCACACUAGCUACAACCUUUCCGAAUUUAUUUAUUCACCUUCCUUUAUAUAACUGAUCCUCCUAUUUAUUGAAUCAGUUUUUUUGUAGUUUGAAGAUGCUGAAAUCCUUCCAUUCACAAUCAUCCAAUUUUAAUAUGGUGAGAAGUAAAACAUCAAAGAAGUCGACUUCUUUGGUUAUCACUGCCGUACUUCUUACUCUCCUUGUAGUUUGCAUUGUAUCUUCGGCAAUUUUCAGUGUAACAGCAAAAUCGACCGAAAAAGAUGCAAAGCAAGCCAGCUUUGAAGCUGAAUAUAACGUGCAGAGUAAAGUUAAUCCAAAUAAUAGUGAGUACGCCUAUGCUACAUUGGUUAGCUCGGAGGGCUAUCUUUCAGGAGCCCUUGCCAUGUAUAAAAGUAUCAUUGCAAGAGGAGGCAAAUAUGAUCUCGUUCUAGUAGUGACUGGUAAACGUAUUGCAGAUAUUAUUCGAAAUAUUGAAACUUAUAGAAGUGAUCCACUCAUCAAACGUGUUCACAUAUUUAUUGCUAGCUAUAUUGAUAAUCCUAAUGCCAAAAUCCCAGAACCAAGAUUUAUUGAUACCUACAACAAACUUCACAUUUGGAAAUUGGAUCAAUUCGGAUACAAGAGACUUGUUUUUGUGGAUUCUGAUUGUAUAAUAUUCAAGAAUGUUGAUCUUCUCUUUAAUUGUGUUGGACCUGUUUGUUCUGGAAGUGAUAUGGGUAACACUGAAUUUUUCAAUGGAGGUAUCAUGGUCUUGGAACCAAGUACUAAAACCUAUGAUGAUAUGAUGGAUAAGAUGGGUAGUCCUGCCUACAAGAGUUACGAUGGAGGUGAACAAGGAUUUAUUAAUUUGUAUUUUGAUUUCCAUCGUAAAUCUAAGGGAUGGGAACUUGAAAGAGAAUUAGAUGAAGCUGCUUCCGAACAAGAAAAACAAAACAUUCUCACCAAAUACAGAGAAACAAAGAAUAUUUGGAGAAUACCAUACACUUGGAAUACUGAAGUUCCAAUGUACUACUUCUUCAAGUAUGCUUAUAUUCAAAGACUCAAGAAACAAUUCAGAAUUAUUCACUACAACUUGCCAAUCAAACCUUGGAAAUUCCUCAACAUUCCAAUUCUUGAUGCCAGCUAUUACUGGUAUGAAUAUGCUCUCCAACUUCCUCAAUUUUCUGUUCUCCCUGCAGCCCUUGUUGGAUUAUUCAUUGCUGAAGUAUUUGUUCUCGUUUUUGGUAUUACAUGCAGCAAUACUCUCUUCCCAAUGCUCCUUUCUAAAGUUCUUCCUGAAAAUUCAUGUCUCACUAAUACCAUUCACUUUAAACUGAAGAGAGCUUGGUCUACCAUGAAGAAUAAGAAGACCCAAAAGAGACCAAUUUCCCUUUAUGAAGGUUUGAAAAAGACAGCCAUUUUAAGAGUUUGGCCAAUUGCAAGUGUUGCUAUUAUUGCUCUUGCUUCUACUCUUUUCUUCAUCAAAUUUGUCUCUAAUGAUUUCUAUGAUCCACAUACCCAAUGGAUUUCUCUCUUCUCCACAAUUAUUAUGCUCAGUUGUGUUUCUCUCUCCUUCUACCGUCAAUUUGUAAAGGAACAAACCAGACAAUCCAUUGUAUCCAAUUUUGAUCAAACUCAACUUAGUAUGACUGAUACUUCCGAGCUCACCAAGAAGAUUAUUCGAUUCUUCCCUCUCUAUCAAGCCCUUGCUAUCUUUGCUCCUCCAAUUGGUUUCUUGGGAGUGUGUCUCUUCAUUUAUCUUACUAGACUCCUCUUCUUGGUUAACGUUGUAAUUCUAGCUGCUUUUGCUUUGGUAAUGGUGGCUUUGGAAUAUUUCGUUCUCAAGAAUUUGGGUAAACAAACCAUUUACACAACAUUUAGAGACAUGUUGAAGAUUGAAGUAGGCAAAGUGUAAUAAAUUUAUUUCUUUUGCUUCU